GAGCAGCGAGCGCCCGGGCAGCGCCGGCGGCAGAGCAGGCAGCGGGAACCGCGGGGCGCGACGGGGGUGCGACCCGGAGCCAUGGUGAUCAUGUCGGAGUUGAGCGCCGCCCCGGCGGGCCUCGGCCAGGGCCAGCAGAAAACCCUCCGUGUGGGCUUCUACGACGUGGAGCGCACCCUGGGCAAAGGCAAUUUCGCGGUGGUGAAGCUGGCCCGGCAUCGAGUCACCAAAACACAGGUUGCAAUAAAAAUAAUUGAUAAAACACGAUUAGAUCCAAGCAACUUGGAGAAAAUCUACCGCGAGGUCCAGCUGAUGAAGCUACUCAACCACCCCAAUAUCAUCAGGCUGUACCAGGUUAUGGAAACAAAGGAUAUGCUUUACAUCGUCACUGAAUUUGCCAAGAAUGGAGAAAUGUUCGAUUACCUGACUGCCCACGGGCACUUGAGCGAGAACGAGGCGCGGAAGAAGUUCUGGCAGAUCCUGUCCGCCGUGGAGUACUGCCACAACCACCACAUUGUGCACCGGGACCUCAAGACAGAGAACCUGCUGCUGGACGGCAACAUGGACGUCAAGUUGGCAGAUUUUGGAUUUGGGAAUUUCUACAAGCCUGGAGAGCCUCUCUCUACGUGGUGUGGGAGCCCCCCGUAUGCAGCCCCCGAAGUCUUUGAGGGGAAGGAGUAUGAAGGCCCCCAGCUGGACAUCUGGAGCCUCGGUGUUGUGCUCUACGUCCUCGUCUGCGGUUCUCUCCCUUUUGACGGACCCAACCUGCCGACGCUGAGACAACGGGUGCUGGAGGGCCGGUUCCGCAUCCCCUUCUUUAUGUCUCAAGACUGCGAGAUGCUCAUCCGCCGAAUGCUGGUGGUGGACCCUGCCAAGCGCAUCACCAUUGCCCAGAUCUGGCAGCACCGGUGGAUGCAGGCCGACCCCGCCCUCCUGCGGCAGCCCGACCCUGCCCUCUCCGUGCUCGGCUACACCUCCAACCUGGGUGACUACAAUGAGCAGGCGCUGGGCAUCAUGCAGGCCCUCGGCAUCGACCGGCAGAGGACUGUGGAGUCGCUGCAGAACAGCAGCUAUAACCACUUCGCGGCCAUCUACUACCUCCUGCUCGAGCGCCUCAAGGAGCACCGGGGCGCCCAGCCACUGGCCCGGCCUAUGCCCACCCGGCAGCCCCGGCCCAGGAGCUUGGACCUCAGUGGUCUGGAGGUGCCGCAGGAAGGUCUCCCUGGCGACCCUUUCCGGUCCUCGCUGCUGUGCCCACAGCCCCAGGCCUUGGCACAGUCUGUCCUGCAGGCUGAGAUGGACUGCGACCUCCACAGCUCGCUACAGCCCUUGUUCUUCGCGCCGGACGCCAACUGCAAUGGCGUGUUCCCGCACCGCUCCAUCUCCCCCAGCAGCUUGCUAGACACAGCCAUCAGCGAGGAGGCCAGGCAGGGGCCCAGCCUGGAGGAGGAGCCAGAGGCCCAGGAGGCCCUGCGUGGCAGCACGGGGCGCAGACACACGCUGGCUGAGGUCUCCACCCACUUCUCUCCACUCACCCCUCCCUGUAUCGUUGUGUCUUCCUCUGCUGCGGCGGGCGCCUCGGAAGGAACCAGCUCCGACAGCUGUCUGACCUUCUCCGCAGGCGAAGGCCUCGCUGGGCUCGGCAGCGGCCUGGCCACCCAGGGGCUGCUGGGCACCUGCUCCCCAGUCAGACUGGCCUCGCCUUUCCUAGGGGCACAGUCAGCCACCCCUGUGCUGCAGGCCCAGGGGGGUCUGGGUGGAGCUGUCCUGCUCCCUGUCAGCUUCCAGGAGGGACGGAGGGCAUCGGACACCUCACUGACUCAAGGGCUAAAGGCCUUCCGGCAGCAGCUGAGGAAGAACGCGAGGACCAAGGGGUUCCUGGGGCUGAACAAAAUCAAGGGGCUGGCACGCCAGGUGUGCCAGGCAUCCUCUAGCCGAGUGCCCAGGGCCGGCCUGAGUGCCUUCCACGCCCCUGCCCCAAGCCCGGGCCUUCAGGCUGGCAGCUCCGGCAGCCGUGAGAGCAGAGGCCUGCUGGAGGAGGUGCUGCACCAGCAGAGGCUUCUCCAGUUACAGCACCACCCGGUCGCCCCUCCCAGCUGCCCUCAGGCCCCACAGCUGCCCCCCACCCCGGCCCCCUACCUCCUGGCCCCCUGUGACGGCCUCCUGGUGUCGCAGCUCCCGCUGCUGCCGGCGCCCCUCCUGCAGACCAGCGCGUCCCCUGUGACGUCGGCCGCGCACCUCCUGGACACCCACCUGCACAUCAGCUCUGGCCCUGGGACCCUCCCCACUGGGGCCCUGGCGCCCUGCUUGGCCAGGCUGGCCCCUGGGUGCGACCCCGCCGGGCGGCUGCAGGGGGACUGCGAGAUGAAGGGCCUCACCUCUGGCCAGCGGGGGGCAUUCGUCCUGGUGCAGUGAGGACAGUCCCGCCAGCCGGGUCCACUGGCUCUUCCAAGCAAUAAUUGCGGAGUAUGUGAAGAUGUUUUUGGACUCAAAGCCAAGAACUUUCUACAAGCGAAACAAGCAAUACGUUAGGUGUAUGGGCUUUUAGUUCGUUUUUUGUUUUACUUUUUUCCUUGCACUGAGUGACCUCAACUCCAAGUAGGGACUGGAAACUGAAGAAAAAUUAUCGAGGGUGUGUCGUGCAGGCGGGUGGUGGGGGAGCGGGAUGAGGGGGACCUCCGGCUUCGAGGUCGGCGACAGGGCAGGGGCCUGCCCUUUGUCCACAGCAGUGUUGGGAGGCGACGGGCCUGGAUGUCCUUGGAACGCUCAGGGCAGCCGCGUGCGUGCGUGCGUCAGUAUCCUUUUGGUUUUAGUUGAUGGUUCUUCACCUCCGGAAACACGCUUCAACGGAAACUGUGAACUUGCUGCUUCACAUGUGGGUUGGCACAGUCCCAGGCCUGCUGCCCGGGAAGGGGACUGACUGGGCAGGGGAGUCUCGUCUCCCUUGAAGCGGGAGCUGCGAGCACUGCUCAGGAGUCCGUUUUCCAGCACUGCUCGGAGGAGCUGCAGGGCAGACGGCAGUGGCCAGGGCUGGGGCUUGGUCCCAGGGCGCUUCGCCCAGAGCCCCUGGCACCGCGAGGAAGCCAAGAGCUUUCUUCCUGCUGUGCAUCUUGUUUGCGCUGCUAAUUACUGAGUUUUUAUGUAUUUCAUUAUCAGGGUCCAACACAAUGCCUGACCCGGGUGAAAUGGUGCAGUGUCUUGAGGCUGUGACCGUAGACGGCGCGGUGGGUGGUGUCUCCCUUCGGGGUGAUACAGCCCUGCACCCAGGCCCACGCUCUGGGGUCUGGCUUUCAUUCAAGGAAGGUGCGGGGGGAAGCUUAGGUCCGUGUUUGUAAAGCUGUGUCUCUUUUUCAGCAAAUACUGUAUAUGUACAUAAAUAGGAGACCACAGACACUACUUAUUUUUUAUAUUUUGUACUACACUUUUGUGUUCCUGGUUUAAUCCUCCCUCUCGGUCACCCUGGGGGAGCAUCCCAGCAGCACCAGGUUUGCUGAGGAAGGGCCCACGGCCACCUCUCAGCACUGGCAGGGACGCCGGCUGGGGCGGCCGAACCUCAGUGGGACAGCGGCCACCACCGUGCCCCAUCUGCCAUGCGCCAAGUGCCCAUCCCUCCUCGCCCAGGUGCCUUUGCUUCCCAUGGCUCUCGCAGCCCGAAGUAUUACACAGGGGCCACCCAGAAAGGGGCAAAGGUGGGACUUUUCCAAAGCCAAAGAUUGACCGAGUUACCUGAGGGCAGGAAGGAGCCCCGCGCAUGUCGGAGUUGCAGUGUGGUCCCCGCCCGCUGGCCACCUGUGGCCUCUGCAUAUGCUGAGCUCCAUGCUGCUGCUGCUCUGUGGCUGCUCAGGGCUGGGCGAAGGACCAUCCUCGGGGUGGACCUGGUACCCGGCCCCAGAGAGAACACCAAAGUCCCCUUCCUGCCACCUCUGGACGCCCCUGGCCGACACCUGCCUUCACCUGCAGGAGGCGGCUGACCUACCUGCUCACGUGAGGCCCCGCCCGGCCGUCCCCACACCACAGAUCAAAGGCCUCAUGCCACCCGUGUUUCUCGGAAGCAGCGACAAGCACUUUACUUUCCUAGCGGUUUUUGUUUUUUCUUAGCACUGUAGACCUCUUUGGGAGGACGGGAAAGCCCUGUUUUUAUUUCUUGUUUUUUUAGGUGUGUGCAGUGUUUUGUAGAUUUCCUGACACCGCUGUUCUGCAGGCUCCUGCAGUAGCCUAUUUAAAGACACUACGUGAUCUGGUUGAGAUGUAUAUAGUUUUGGGUUUUUUUUUACCAUAACUGAAUUGUUUUGUUUCUUAUGUUAACGUGAGAGAUGUAUGCCAAAUGAUUAGCUGAUGUAUGUUUUUUUUAAUUUAAUAUGUAAAUAAAAUAUUUGGGGGAAAAGA